AUGGGUCUCAUCAAAACUGGUAUCCAACUCGCCGGUGCUUACGGCCUCCUCAAGGCCGGGUCCAAGGCUGCCAAUGAAUUCCAAGACAAGAAGCAAUCCAACCAGAACCAGAAUCAUCAAUGCUCCUGCUGCCAUCACCAUCAGCUACCUCCCCACCCUCAGCUGUUCCCUCCCCACCAACAAGCUCCCCUCCAGCAAGUCCCCCACCAUGAGUACGGAUACAACAACAACGCCCAGAUGUACUCCCCUCAGGGUGGACCUCAGUACACGAACAAUGGACCCCAUUAUGCCAACCCCGGGCCGCAAUAUCAGCAUCCUCCCGUCCACUACCACGAGGGACACGCGCCGAUACAGCGGCCCGAGCAGCAGCGGCCGCAGCAGGCUCAUCAGCAUCCUGAGUGGCGCUAG